ACCCGCCUCCUUCUCUCUACAGGUUCUCGCUGUGACGAAUGCUCACCUGGUUACCAUGGAAACCCUGGGGAUGUGGGGGGGCAGUGUCAGCCCUGUCAGUGCAACAGCAACAUCGACAUGUUGGACCCGGAGUCCUGCGACGCCCGAACCGGCGAGUGUCUGCAUUGCCUUUACCACAGCGAGGGCAACGCCUGCCAGAGCUGCAAGCACGGCUACUACGGCAACGCCCUGCUGCAGGACUGUAGGAAGUGCGUUUGUAACCAGCUGGGCAGCGACUCCUCCAGCUGUCCGUCACCCGGCGAUUGUCACUGCGACCUCAGCAGCGGUCAGUGUCGCUGCCUCCCCGACGUCAUCGGGCAACAUUGCGACCGCUGUGCGCCCGACACCUGGAACAUGGUGAGCGGCCGCGGCUGUCAGGCCUGCGCCUGCGACUCUAAACACUCGUACGGGACGUCCUGCAACGAGAUCAGCGGUCAGUGUUCCUGUCAGCCCGGCUUCGGAGGAGGAACAUGCAGCGAGUGUAGAGAGCUGUUCUGGGGACACCCAGAGGUCCAGUGUCGCGCAUGCGACUGUGAUCCUCGCGGUAUAUCGGAGCAGCAGUGUAACAAAGGCAGCGGUCACUGUGUCUGUGUGGACGGGGUUUCCGGCCCACGCUGCGACGUCUGCAGCCGUGGCUUCUCUGGAACCUUCCCCGACUGCCGCCGCUGCCACCAGUGUUUCGCCGACUGGGACAACGUCAUCGGUCAGUUGACCAAUCAGACGCACCGCCUCCUCAACAAGGUCAACGCCGUGAAAGCCAGCGGAGUCAACGGAGCGUACAAGAAGUCCAUCGACAGCAUGGAGAGGAGCGUCACCGACAUCUGGGUCAUCCUUAACCAGAAUCCAGCCUCUCAACCACUGACUGAGACCCAAGAGCUGCUGCAACAGGCCAGUGACCUGAUGGGGGCCCUGAGCCAGAUGUUGAACCACACUGAACGGACCCUGGUGCAGGUGGAGGGCGAGGACUCGGCUGCAGAACCUAAACUGAACUCUGUGAUGUCGGAUGCACAGAAACUGGAGCGAAUGGUUCAAGAGCUGUUGGAUCAGAUUGAGUUCAUGAAGAACUCUGACAUCAGAGGGGCGACGGACAGCGUCUCUAAAUACUUCCAACAGUCUCUGGCGGCUGAAGUUCGAGCGAACGCGUCCACCAUCGAUGCCGGCAGCCUUGUACAAACCUCCAGUGCUCUACGGCAACUCACAGAGGACAAACUGAACCAAACCAGAGAGGAGUUCCUGAGGAGACACACUGAGCAUGCUCAGAGACUGGACGACCUGGCAGGAGAGCUGCAGACUCUGGACCUAUCAGAGAUCAGCCACAAGACAUGCGGCAGUCCACUAUCAGGUCAGGACUCGUGCGGGUCCUCUCCCUGUGGAGGUCUGGGCUGUGUGGACUCUGAGGGUCGGACCAGGUGUGGAGGUGAAGGAUGUGACGGCGUGAAGACGGCGGCCAGAAACAUGUGGAAGAAGACCCGAGAAUCUGAGCAGGAAAUCAUCAGCGCCAUGGAGGAAGUGGACAAACUCUCCAAGAUGGUGUCAGAGGCCAAAGAGAGAGCGGACGAGGCGAGGCUGAGCGCUCAGGACGUCCUGAUGAAGACCAACAGAACCAAACAGAAAAUCCAGCAGAGCAACGAGGAUCUGAGAGUCCUCAUCAGACAGAUCAGAGACUUCCUCACACAGGACGCCGCCGACCUGGAGAGCAUCGAGCUGGUGGCCGACGAGGUUCUGGCCGUGCAGAUGCCGACCACACCGGCUCAGCUGCAGAAUCUGACCGAGGACAUCCGGCAGAAGGUGGGAGAGCUGGGACACGUGGAGAGAAUCCUGCAGCAGAGCGCGGCCGACAUCCACAGAGCCGAGGACCUGCUGGACCAGGCCCGCCUCGCCAGUGAGGAAGCAGCAGAUGUGAAGGACUCUGCAGAGAAGGUACAGCGAGCUCUGGAAGAAGCUCAGAGAGCUCAGACCGCUGCCAGCAACGCGAUCCAGCAAACCGCCGCCCACAUCCAGACCACCAAUCAGCUGCUGUCCUCCGUUAGUACUGACCAACGUUUACUUCACUGACAUCCUGUCACAAUGUGUACUAAACGUUUACU